AUGACCCCACCUUUGAAGUUUGAUGCUCAAACCUGUUUCAUGUUCCAAAUCCUCUUCACAUUUUCUGCACUCUCAUCAGCCAAAAACGUCCUAAGGGUUUCUUCAAGCUGGUUUUUGCACCAAAUCCGGAAAAUUCAAAUACGAAGCAAGAUCGAGGAAAAGAAAAAGUUCGGGAUUAGUAGAUUUUUGUUUACGAACAAGUGUCGAGCUAGUCUGCGACAUUUUGAACGUGACAUACAACCACUACAUGGCGUGAAUGGAUGGAUGGGUACUUUAUACCCUUUUUGGUGUGUAGGGCUGGACGAAGAUGGUGUAGCAGUUGGGAGUAGGAAAUCUACAUCUAUAUCUGUUGUAAUCUGUAUUUGAAAUUGAUAUAUUAUGUUCUGCUUCUGUAUCUAAUUCAGAGAUCUGCUUGAAUAAUGAGGAACUGAAGAUCUGUUCUAUAAUUUAUGCUUAAUAAAAACUAUAAGUUACACACUGUGUC